AUGAUCACCGAGCAUAAUUAUACCGAGUUGAUGAAAAAUUGCAUAAAAUGGAACACGAGGACGAUGAGCGACAGGAAGAAACGGUUGGAAAAUGGCUUGAAAUUGGAAAAUGAGGAUUUUUCGUUUCUUCAUUGCAUAUGUCAUUAGAAAGUGUCAAUAUUGUAGGAUUUGAGUUUUUUACAAAUAAAAUAAGAAAUCAGUAAGGUUUAAAAUAAAAUAAGCGUUGCAUUUAUUUGUAAAAAAUGUAUUUUUUUUAGAUUUAUUCUUUUCAAUUCCUUUAUUAUUUUUUUUUUCAGGCUACGAUUCCCGUUCUACGACCACCAGACGGGAACGGCUCAACGAGAAUCUCAUGUGGUUAACAGGAAUAUUGACCAGAGGCAUUCGUCGGCCGAUUCUAACACUGUAAACUUUUAUUCUAAAGAAUUUUUUUAAAUAUGAUCCUACACUUAUUGAGUUGAAUAUUUUUUUCAAUAUCUAAUAACCUUUUUUUACAUUAUUUGCGCAACAGGAAACAUAUUUUAUUGAUAAAGAAAUUGUAGAAGCCUCUGGGAAAAUUUUUAGUGGCCACGUCAGUAGUUUUUCAUCCAGUAAUAUUUGCAGUAACUCUGAUAUUUUAAAACAAACAUAUUGUACCAGUUAUGUUGAUCUAUUGACCCCUAAAGUGGCCACUAAAAUAUUUAGUGGUCUAGCACUUAGACCUCUAUAGUGGCCACUGAUUUUCUACCCCUUAAGUAGCCAAUAAUUUGGCUAUUACUACUACCACUACACCACGUCGCCAGUUCAUAGUGGCCACUAAAACGUCAAAACCCUAUAGGGGCCACUAAAAAGUUUCCCAAGCCUUUGAAGACUUCAACCGAAGCGAAUUUUUCGAAAAUUUCAUUGUGUUUCCAAGUAAUAUAUUCCACAGGCAACUUUGAUUUUCCAGGUGAUUGCCUAUUCGAGCGAACGUUGGCGCAAACGCAAGGAUUUUCCGCCGAGCGACGCGAUCGAAACAAAAAUGUUCCUGCGUGAUAAUCCGACGCUGGAAUCCGCGAUUAACCACAUCACGAAUCCCAAUUCCAUGGGUUCUUCUGGUUCUUCCUUGCAGAGUUCGUUUUUUGGAUUUUUUCGGGCUAGCUUUUUCUCAAGUUUUAUAAAAGAGAAAUUCUUAAAUCCGAAAUUAGGAGCUCAAGAAUAGCACCACGGCAUUCCUAAUGGGGUGAGGGAAGGUGAGCGAGGCGUGGGGGAAGGUGAGCGAAAGUUUCUGAACUCACAAAAAAAAAGUAAGUGCGCGAUCCAGAAAAAAAAAUGACGUCAUUCUACGUCAAAAAUUACACGGAGUAUUCAACGUUGAUAACUUGUUUGUUCGAUCGCCUUUGGCUGCGUACUUGAGACUUCAAAUUUCGCGCCAAAUUUUUUUGUUUUGUUUUGAGGUCUUCCCACCCCGUUUGGGAACGCCUUGAGCACUUCCAAUUUGGAAUUUUUGAAACGGCAGUCUCAAUUUGGAACCUUUGAUAAAUGUUAGUUCCAAAUUUAAAGCUCAAAAAUGGCAGUCCUAAUUUAAAACGUUUGAAAUGAUAGUCCCAAGCUCUUUCGGAAUGUUUAGACAAUUUUUCAUGUGAUAUUUAUUUUUAAAGUUUCCGAUGGCUUCGUUUUUUUUUAAGUCCCUUUUCAGAUAGUCCUCAGUUUUUUUGGGAUGUUCUAUCAGAAAAAAAAAAAUGAAUUUUGAAUCUUCUUGAUGAUUCUAUAGAGUUUUUCUUUCCAGAUAUGAUCUCUGAUACUUCCAACGACUCGUUCUCCUUUGGUGGCAGUACCAGAGGAACACCCAAAGGAGCUGUGAGUUUUUUUAAAAAAAUAGGAUAUGAAGUGAAAAAAAUCCUUUUUUUAAAGAAUUCUUUCGCUCCGGAACCUCGUUCCUCGACGAGAUCUUCACAGAAGGGGAAGAAUGAUCCUUGGGUUGGUUCUUUUCAAUAUUUCAUAAGUUUUUAAAGUAACCCUGAUCAAAGUUAUCCAUAUAUAAAUAAUAACGGUCAAUCUCAACGUUCAAUUUGUGUCAGAUGCGCGACGAGUACCGCGACGAGCUUCUACUGGACGACGAUGGCUCGCCGGAAGAAGGGGCCAGCGACGAGGACGAAUGGACGUCGAAGAAGCGGUCCCGGAAGUCGGCGACGUCGAAAGGAGCUGGCGGCGGCGGUGUUGGCGGCCAUGGUGGCCAUCACGGCGGUGGCGGUGGCAGCAAGAAGAAGGCGAGUGGUGCGGCGCGGAGCGGCGGCAGCGGGGCCGUGCCGACCGCUGCGAACCCGCCGCCGUCGUUUCGAGAGCCAUCCGAAGGCUCCUCGGCCGACGAGAAACGCCACGAGUGCCAUAGUGAGUAGGGCAGUGAGAAGGAGAGUCAUGAGAAGGCGCUAAGGUGGUGGAAAUAGUUAUAAUUUUACAAGAAGCUAAAUUACUCAAAAUACAGAAAAAUAUUCAGCAAGUAGUUAAAAAAAAAACGGAAAAGCUAUGGUUAAAAUUAAAAAAGCGUGGAGCUUUAUGUCUAUUUGGCGAAUAAUGGGAUUUUUCAAAACUUAGGAUCUCAAGAGCAGUGGAAAGAAGCGAAUUUCAGUCUAAAAGUGGUACAUUUUAAGCUUUGAAAUGGUAGUAUCGAUUUUUUUUUUUUGAGCUACCCCGGAUUUAACAAUACAAAAAACCAUUAUAUUUCUAUAUUUUUUUGCUGACCUAUAAUGGAAUUUUAUCUGAACUUUCAUGUUUCCGGAAAAAAAUUUUUAAGUUUCUUAAAAUUCGUCUUUCUCGUUGAUAAAUAAGGCUAUUGUAAAUUUUACUGUGUAAUUUUUUUAACAUAUCAAAUUUGAAUUGCUUUUUGAACCGUUUCUUGAAAUCCGUGGCCGAGAAGGUUUAUUCUGACAGGCAAUUUGCUUAAAAGGAUAAUUUUCGACUUUGAGCUCUCUGAACUUUUUCUCGCAGAUCUUUCUGGCCGUUUUUGAACACUGUUUUGGAAUCAGAGUGAAGAACGGCAUUUAGUGGGAUUAAACGAUUGAAAGAAAACGGAAUUUUUGAAAAAUUGGAACUUAAUUCAUUCAUAUAAGUUUAAAAGCGUUGAACCGUCUUUUCUGAACUUUUCUCGGAGUCAUUUUUUUCUAUUUUAGUAGAGCUUUUCGCCUUUAUAAUUUUUGUUUCAAAGAGAUUUUAUAUGAGCCAGUUUCCCAAAAUCAAACCAGAACAAGAAGAAGUACUUUAGUUGAAGUUUCCGAACGGCAAUUUCGAAUUUUAAGGCUCAAAAAUGGCAGUCCAAAGACCAACAAGCUGUCCUCUAGAUAUAUUAUAAACUAUUCGAUUUUCAGGGUGCGGGGCGAAGUACAAAAGCCUCGCGGGUUUGAGUUAUCAUCUGGCCUACGUUCACGAACAACCUUCAGCACAUCCUACACAUAAACGUGAAACGAAACUUCGAUUUCUGUCAAAAAUCACGAUUUUUCAGUUCUAUCCCCAAAUAUCCAAAUUUCCGACUUCUGUGAUCUUUGUCUCGGCAACGCGUUCAUCAACAAAAAUUCCAAAAAACCAGAAGAUAUGGUUACGUGUCAUGACUGCGGUCGAUCUGGUGAGGAAUUUCUUGAAGUUUCAAAAAAAUAUCAAAAUUCAAGUUUUUGGAGCGAAAUUGCACUCGUAGAAGUCUUUUUUCAGAAUUCAUAGGAAUUUUGAAAAAGUAUUUUUUUGACUGAAAAAAACUGAUUUUAGGGGUUUUUUUGAUUGAAAUCUUCUCAAAAAUUCGAUUUUUAGACAUUUAAUGAUGAUUUUAAACGCUAUAGUCCGUUUUCGCGGCUUGAAAGGGCGGCAUUUCUCUGUUCUCGACGUUCCUCUCGUGUUUACGUGCUAUUUCCAUGUUUCUCUGACCUUGCUGGUGAGAGAACAGAGAGACGCAGACACGCGAAAACUGUCAAGUCGCGGCGAACGGACUAUAGCUGAUUCACAGCUAGCUUGAGUCAACGAAAAAAUGGUCCUGACACGAUAAUGUACGAAAUAGCGCCUGGCUCGUGGAGAGCGCAGACAGGACACGCCCCCUUAGCGUCCCAAGCUGGCCGUGAAUCAUAUAUGUGUUAUAUUAGGUAUCGAAAAUUCACUAAUAAGUUCUUAUAACAUUUUAGAAUCCUUUCAAAUAUAUUCUGUGUCGUUUUCAGGUCAUCCAUCGUGUUUAUCCUUCAAUAAUAACGUAACGGUCAUCAUCAAUCGAUACGGGUGGCAAUGUAUUGAGUGCAAAAGCUGCACCAUCUGCGGCACUUCUGAAAAUGACGUCAGCAAUCUUUUUUUUUUCUUUGCGUUCUUACAAGGAAGGUCAUUUAACUUUGCGGCCGAAAAUAGGCCAGAAUACUCCUUGAGGUACCAAAAAACGGUCGUGAAAGUCUCAACCUGCUCGAAUUCCUAAAGAAAGUACACCUCGAAGUCGAAGAAAACCUCAGAAUCCGUUAAAUUUGGGUCUUUGAGCCAUUGUUUCUCGAAAACCCGGUAGUUGAACAGGCUGAAACGUUCAGGAUAUGUUUCUGAGACAUCAGAGAGAUUUUCAGCCAAUUUUCAAGAAGAAGUGACCUCCCUUGUAAGAAAGCAGUCAUGCAUACUUUUUCUUCAAAACCACAACUUUUCAGUAGUUUUGUUAAAACUUGUAGAAACAGCCCGUUUUUUACCAACAUCCGGUCAAUUUCGUACAUUUUUGCAGGACAAACUGCUGUUCUGCGACGACUGCGACCGCGGCUACCACCUGUACUGCUUGAAGCCGGCGCUGGAGAAGGCCCCAGAAGACGAAUAUUCGUGUCGUCUUUGCCAAGUCGAGUUCGGCGCCAAGGCCAGCGCCCCGGCCAAGAAAACUUGA